GUCUAAAAUAGGUAGCUGCCAGCGCAUGCCGACCAGGGCGGUGGUUGGGUAUAAAAUCUGCAUUGCUCUGUAGUUUGUCAUUUGCAAAUUACUCUUCAGGAUAUGAUCAAAAUGGCGUUAACGAUGAAGGAUACGUUCUAUAUAUCACACGGAUCGCCGACGCUGUCGAUAGAUGACUCGCUUCCGGCGAGGCACUUCUUGCAGUCGUGGAAGGACACAGUGUUUGGCCAAACACCCAAGUCCAUCCUCGUAAUUUCUGGUCAUUGGGACACUUCCUUUCCCGCCGUUAACAUGGUUCAGCGCAAUGAUACCAUCUAUGACUUCUAUGGUUUCCCCGACAAGAUGUACAAGCUGAAAUAUCCAGCACCAGGGGCUCCCGAGUUGGCAAAAAGAGUGAAGGAAUUGCUUAUGGCAUCUGGUUUCAAGCGUGUGGACGAGGAUAAAAAACGCGGGCUUGACCAUGGUGCUUAGGUUCCACUCAUGCUCAUGUACCCAGAGGCUGAUAUCCCAGUCUGCCAACUUUCCGUUCAGUCCAAAAGGGAUGGUACUUACCAUUACAACUUGGGAAAGGCUUUAGCCCCUCUCAAGGAUGAAGGUGUGCUCAUCAUUGGUUCUGGAGCCGCCACUCAUAACUUGAGGGCCCUAGGAAAAUUGAGCGGUGCUGUUGUUCCUUGGGCUUCGGAGUUUGAUACUUGGCUUAAAGAUGCUCUCCUUGAAGGAAGAUAUGAAGAUGUGAAUCACUUUCAGGAGAAGGCACCAUAUGCAAAGAUGGCUCACCCUUGGCCAGACCACUUCUAUCCAUUGCAUGUAGCCAUGGGCGCUGCUAGUGAAAGCGCAAAGGCAAAACUUAUCCAUCACAGCUGGGAACAUGGUUCUCUUUCCUAUGCUUCUUACCAGUUCACAGCAGCCAGCUGAAUAUCCAUUUCAGAACUCCCUUCCAUAUCACCUCUUUUAAUUCCAUCCAUUCAAUCUCAAUAAAUUAGAUACAGGGAAGAGUAAGUCCUGUGUUCAAUCUAUGCAGUAUGUAUAUGUGCUCAUUGACUUAUGUUCAUCAUAUGAAAUGCUAAAAGUUUGUUCCAAUUAAAUUUGAUACGUGAAAAGUUUGUGCUACAACAGCUCGCUACCUGUCCAGAGGGUGUUAAGUCCUCAAUGAGCAAAGGCUUGUUUGCAGCACACAGUUGGGAAGAAUUGUGUUGUUUUGUAUAUAGAAUAUGAACUUGGGAUUGUGUAAAUUUGAUUUGUUUAAAAUGUACUAAUAAAUGCAGUGAACAGAUCUCAUAAACUAUGUCA